AUGUCGUCCUGCUUCGGAUUCCGCAAGUCGCGUGCCGACGACCAGCGUCCGCUGCUGCCCCAGUACCGCCAUGACACGGUCAUGCAGCGCGAGCUUCACCAGAAGCUGCAUUCGUACCAAAUGGUCCGAGCCUUGGGUAGAGGGUAUAUGCCAUCCAACGAGCAGGUCAUCACCAACUUGCGAAGCUUAUUGGCCGCCGACAUUCUCAACCCCGACAACCCAGACCUCAGCGAUUCCGGUCGACUGCUCGUCAAGUUCACCAAGCGCUGGCUGCACGAAUUCAUCGAGCUACUCCAGAACAAGAAUAGUAGUGAUCAGAUACAGGACUUCCUUUGGUACUUAUCUAAAUCUAGGGUGUCUGUGGAUGUCGACCAUCUUACGCAUCGGGCCGUCAGAUCUAGAGCCAAGGCAGACAUUGCCGCGGCCUACAGCAGUCUGCAGACUGUUGGAUCGCUACUGCUGACCAACUCCGAUUUCCGCAUCUUCCUCUCGGACCUCAACACGGUCGGUCGCGAAGUGUUCAAGGAUACUGCUUUCACGCUGUCUGAGGUGGCUGAGGAGGCUGCAAGGCAAAUCGAGCCAUCUCAGACUGAACAGAAGACUCUCAAAGAGCCUGGUGCAGACUCAGGACCAGCACCUACAGCCGACGACCUGAAUGGCGAAGUGGCAGAGGUUGCCAAGGUGGUUGGCUCUGGCACUGCACAAGUUGCAAAGGAGGCACAACACAGCUUAGCAGACAAGCUCAAGGGCGAUGAGGGAGACUCGUUGCUCUAUCGAUUGAAGAAAACUGUCACGAAUCUGCGCAAAAAGCGAGACUACUCUGACUCGGUUUCCACACUAGCUCUGCUGCUUCAGCGGUAUGCCUUGGCCUAUAGCCGCAUGGCCGAAGAUGCCAUGGGCGCCACGCAGAAGGACGUCAGUACGAAUGCUGCUACUGACAAGGCUGUGAAGAAUAUCUGGACUUUCAUUAGCUCUUUCGGAGAUGCGCAGGAAUGGAAGAAGCUCGAGGAUAGUUUUCACAAGGUCUUGGAGCACUCCCGAAAGGACCCAGAGUUCGAAGAUCUACUGACUGACCUCGGAAACUCUCUGCAGAAACUUCUUACCGACCCUGACUUCUUCGAGCAUGCUGACGAGAAGUUCCAAGAGCUCAGGAAGAAGUCAAAGGGCGUCGGAACAGAAUCUUCCCUGCGCAAGGAUAUCGAUCUGUUCUUCGAUCAAGCACAGAGGACGUUCAAUUCAGUGACCAAAGAUCAGGACGUCGCGAAGCUCAUCAAGACCACGACACAAAUCUUCUACAUUCUCUCGCCAAAAUACCAAUACACUAACGGCGAGCUCAUUCAGGACGCCAUCAAUGUCUUCGUCCCCCUAUUCAUUCAAGCCAUCCAAUACAUCCCGAUCCCACGUCUCGAAGUAUCGACCCCAGAAGUCGACCUCCUCCUUGAAAAUCUCAUCAUCGAGCCCGGCAAAACCAUCAACCACACCUCCUUCCUCCCCUUCCGCUUCCGUGUAGAGACCUACAAUGACUUCGAGAUUUGGAAAGCCCGCUUCCGCACCGCUUCAAAGGUAGACUCCAGGCUCACCAUCAAGAUCGACGGCCUGUCCCUCCGCGCCGAGGAGAUCGGUUUCCUCAUGCGCGCCCACAGCGGCCUUCUCCGCCUUGCAGACGAAGGUAUCGCCUCUUUCGAGCUUGACGAGCGCGGCAUAGACAUCCACCUCGACGUCGAGAUCGCGAAGGAGCGCCAGGAGCAGAUACUCACACUCAACGCCGUCCGCGUCCAUAUCCACAAGUUGACAUACACCCUGCGCAAAUCAAAGUUCAGCCUCUUCGGCUGGCUCCUCAAGCCCCUACUGCGCCCCAUCAUCCGCAAAGUAAUGGAGAAGCAACUCGCUACCGCCAUUGCGGACGCCAUUCACGCCGCCAACCGCGAGCUCCUCUUCGCACGGGAGCGUCUUAGAGCGACACGCAUCUCCGACCCUGAUGAUCUGCGUACGUUCUUCAAGGCCGUGUUGACGAGGCUGACGCCAGAGGAUGAUCCCGAUUUGUACACAAGAGUCGGAGUUGCUGCGCCUGGCAAGGGCGUCUUCAAGGGCAAGUACGCGCCUGGCAGUGUGGUUAAGCUGUGGGAGGAGGAAGGUAGGAGGGCGGGUGAGAGAAUUGAGGACUGGGAUGAGGGUGGGUGGAGGAACGACGUUUUCGAUUUGCAUGCUAUGAUGCUCUAA